AUGGGGGCCCCGCGCGCGCCCGCGCGGACGGUGCUGUUCCAGCGCGAGCGGACCGGCCUGACCUACCGCGUGCCGGCGCUGCUGCCGGUGCCCCCGGGGCCCACCCUGCUGGCCUUCGCGGAGCAGCGGCUCAGCCCCGACGACUCGCACGCCCACCGGCUGGUGCAGCGGCGGGGCGCGGUGGCGGGGGGCUCCGUGCGGUGGGGCCCCGCGCUCGUGCUGGGCACGGCGGCGCUGGAGGAGCACCGGUCCAUGAACCCCUGCCCGGUGCACGACGCGCGCACGGCCACCGUCUUCCUCCUGUUCAUCGCGGUGCGCGGACGCACCCCCGAGGCCGCGCAGAUCGCCUCGGGCAGGAACGCGGCGCGCCUGUGCUGCGUGAGCACCGACGGGGGCCGGACCUGGGGCGGCGCGCGGGACCUCACGGAGCAGGCGGUGGGCAGCGCCCAGCAGGACUGGGCCACCUUCGCCGUCGGGCCGGGCCACGGCGUCCAGCUGCGCUCCGGCCGCCUGCUGGUGCCGGCCUACGCCUACCGCGUGGACCGGCGCGAGUGCUUCGGCCGCGUCUGCAGGAAGCCCCACGCCUUCGCCUUCUACAGUGACGACCACGGCCGCACCUGGCACCGCGGGGGCCUCGUGCCCAACCUGCGCUCGGGCGAGUGCCAGCUGGCCAUGGUGGACGGCGGGCGCGCGGGCGCCGUGGUCUACUGCAACGCCCGGAGCCCCCUGGGCAGCCGCGUGCAGGCGCUCAGCGCCGACGGGGGCACCUCCUUUCUGCCCGGAGAGCUGGUGCCCACCCUGCCUGAGACUGCCCGGGGCUGCCAGGGCAGCAUCGUGGGUUUCCCGGCCGCACCCUCCAGCGGGCCCUGGGGUGAGGGAUGGCCCGUGGGCACCAAGAGCAGCUCCCGCCCUGUGCCCCUCUGUCCUGGGGUGCAGGGAGCCCCAGAGGAGGGUGCUGGGGAUCCCUGUGGGGGCGGCCCUGAGGAUUUGGACCGGGAUCCUGGACUGGGUGGGGACGAGGGGACCCCCACCCUGCUGCUGCCCAGGCCCCCUGCUGCCCCAUCCCAGAGCCCCACGUGGCUGCUGUACUCCCACCCCGCGGGGCGCAGGGCUCGGCUCCACAUGGGCAUCCACCUGAGCAGGUCACCCCUGGACCCUCAGAGCUGGACCGAGCCCUGGGUGAUCUACGAGGGCCCCAGUGGUUACUCUGACCUGGCGCUCGUCGGGCCGUCCCCCGAGGGCACCCUGACCUUCGCCUGCCUGUUCGAGAGUGGGGCCAGGGUGUCCUACGAGGAGGUCUCCUUUUGCCUGUUCUCUCUGCUCCAGGUCCUGCAGCACGUGCGGCCCCGGCCACCUGGCCCUGUGGACAAGCCUGGGGGGCGCUGCCGGCCCUCCUGAGGCCUGGA